CGGUGGGCUACCUGGAAGGUUAAAGCCGGCCGCGGCAGAGGUGGGGAUAUGGCCCGUGCAAAUGUCCCUCCAGCCUUAUCUCUGCGAGAAGCCACCCAGCGGAAGUUGCGGAGGUUUUCCGAGCUGAGAGGCAAACCUGUGGCAGCUGGAGAGUUCUGGGACAUUGUUGCAAUAACAGCAGCUGAUGAAAAACAAGAACUUGCUUAUAAGCAACAGCUGUCAGAAAAGCUGAAAAAAAAGGAAUUACCCCUUGGAGUUCAAUAUCAUGUUUUUGUUGAUCCUGCUGGAGCCAAAAUUGACAAAGUCUAUAAUUCUUGAAGGAGUUACAAGAAAAAAAAAGGUGGUCACAAAACAUGGAGUUGAUGAGAAAAUAUCUGAGGGAAAAUUACAUAUACAAGAGGACAUUGUAAAGCAGAAAGGUGGCUACAGUCAACGCCUUCCAAAUGCAAGUGCUCUGGGGAAAAUUUUCACUGCUUUACCUUUUGGUAACCCCAUUUAUCAGAUGUUAGAAUUAAAACUAGCCAUGUACAUUGAUUUCCCCUCACAUAUGAAUCCUGGGAUUCUGGUUACCUGUGCAGAUGAUAUUGAACUUUAUAGUAUCGGAGAAUCUGAGUUUAUCAGAUUUGACAAGCCUGGCUUUACGGCUUUAGCUCAUCCUUCUAGCUUGACUGUAGGUACCACACAUGGAGUAUUUGUCUUAGAACCUUCUAAUUGUUUAGAAUAUAGUGACCUCGAAUAUCGGUGUUGCCAUCGUUUCCUUCAUAAGCCCAGCAUAGAAAGGAUGUGUCAGUUUAAUGCUGUGUGUAGACCUGGAAAUUUUUCUCAGCAGGACUUGUCCGGGGGUGACACUGCCUCUCUUAAAUUUGAAUCUGAGUAUGUCUACACAGACAGCCUAUUUUACAUGGAUCAUAAAUCAGCGAAAAAGUUACUUGCUUUUUAUGAAAAAAUAGGCACACUGAACUGUGAAAUAGAUGCCUAUGGAGACUUUCUGCAGGCUUUGGGACCUGGAGCAACUGUGGAGUAUACCAGAAACACAUCAAAUGUCACUAAAGAAGAGUCAGAGUUGGUAGACAUGAGGCAGAGAAUAUUUCACCUUCUUAAAGGGACAUCACUAAAUGUUGUUGUUCUUAAUAACUCCAAAUUUUAUCACAUUGGCACAACUGAAGAAUAUUUGUGUCACUUUACUUCAGCUAGCAGUUUGAAGUCAGAGCUUGGCUUACAGUCCAUAGCUUUUAGCAUCUCUCCAGCAGUACCAGAAUGCUUUGGUAACACAUCCUGUAUCAUUCAAAGUAUAUUGGAUUCAAGAUGUUCUGUGUCACCUGGCUCAGUUGUGGAGUACUCCAGAUUGGGGCCUGAUGUUUCAGUUGGGGAAAACUGCAUUAUUAGUGGUUCAUCUAUCAUAACAACAGCUGUCCUGCCUGCGUAUUCUUUUGUGUGUUCCUUAAGCUUGAAGAUGAAUGGACACUUAAAGUAUUCAACGAUGGCAUUUGGAGUGCAAGACAACCUGAAAAGGAAUGUUAAAACAUUGUCAGAUAUAAAGUCACUUCAAUUCUUUGGCGUCUGUUUCCUGUCAUGCUUAGAUAUUUGGAAUUUGAAAAUUACAGAGGAGCUCUUCUCUGGAAACAAGACAUGUUUGAGUUUGUGGAAUGCUCGUAUUUUCCCAGUUUGUACUUCUUUGAAUGAUUCGGUUACAACAUCCAUAAAGAUGUUAAAUGCUGUGCAAAGCAAGUCAGCAUUCAGCCUGAAUAACUAUAAGCUGUUGUCCAUUGAAGAAAUGCUUGCCUACAAAGACGUAGAAGACAUGAUAACCUAUAGGGAGCAAAUUUUUCUAGAAAUUACUUUGAAUAGAAAACUUUGAUUAAGAGACAUCUUAAAUAUUGCAUACUUCGCCUUUCUUGAUUGAGCUAGAUUGCAAAUAUAGGUGUUUUCUAUAGAUGUUUGUUUUAUUGAAGUCAUUUAAUGAAAAUUAUGUUAACAGUUGCUGCAGCAUAAAAUCAAUAACACAAAAAUACAGAUAAACCAUUUUUGAAGAAAGAAUAUUUCUAGGCUGUAACUUCAGGAAAGGGAUUUUUAGAUGUUUAUUACUAUUUUAAUAUUUCUAUAAAUUAAGAUGGAUUUAUGGAGCAUUAGUUUGUUCACAUAAUAAUGUACUAGUUUUAAAGGUAAUUUUCUAAACAUACCUUUAGUUUUUCCCUCUUCUUUUGGGCUUCAGUUCCAAAAAAGUUCUUAGUGUUUAUUGGCAGUUCUCUUCUCAGAUGUAGUAAUUCUGAUUAACUAAUAAAAAUAGCAUACUAUCUGAUCUUCAGAGCACUGUUGGAAUAGUGUCAAAAUAACAUUUGCAGGGACAGAUUUAUAAUUAGCAAAUUCAGAUUAAAUUAAUGCUUAAAAUAUUAUGAUAAUCUUAAUUGAUAAGUAAUGGACAACUCUGAAAUUGAUGCUAAAAAUCUCAUUUAUUGAUCUUACCAAAAUGAAACAAAAAAGGGUAUAUGUGUUAUUUUAUCCAUCUAAACUUGAAAAUGUGUUUGUGUAUCCUAAAAAUGUUCCCUAAAUUUUCAUCCAUAGGAAAGCAUACACACCCACAAAAGUCAAAUAUCUGUGUGGGGAAGAUGGUAGGAAUAAUUGAGAUUCAUUGAUAAUAAUAUGUUUAUUCCGAGCAUUACUUUCAUCCUCAUACUAAUUUCUUUAAUAGAACUGUUAAAUUACCAGAUGAACUGAUUUUACUUUUCAUUUCUUAUUUUCUGUCCAUGCACUGGUAAUGAUGCUGAGAAGCAAUAAAUACCCAAAAGAUAGAUAGUAGGAAGGAGCCAGAAGAAGAGAAAGAUUAAGAAAAUGCACACAUGAUAAACAGCUUCAAGAAAUAAAAAUUGGCUGGUGUCCCAAGUUAUGUGUACCAAUCUAUAUAUAUAAAAGCCUAAUAUGCAAAGUGUCCCUUCAGGAGUUUGACCUGGAGACCAGGAGUUCAAUCGCUUGCUAAUGAUGUGCUCUGACCACCAGGGGGUGGCGCGGAAUGAAGGAAAGCCCCAGCCGGCAGCCGGAAGGCCCUGGACCUAGGGACCUUACCUGUGCAUGAUUUCGUGCACAGGGCCUCUAGUUUGAUAUAAGCACAUAAGUGAAAUGUGCUCAUACCAAAGUCUAAUAAUCCUAUAUAAUAAAAGCAUAAUAUGCAAAUCGACCAUCCAUUUGAGACCAAGCUAUGACACCCACUGGUGCCAGGCCAGCCAAGGUGGGUGCAAUGCGAUUGUCCAGGGGCCCAGCCAU